GCUGCUACUGCACGGAGCUGGUAGCAGCAACAUAAGUGGGGAGAGAGAGAGCGGGAGAGAGAGAGAGAGGGAGGAGGGAGAGAGAGAGAGGGAGAGAGGCAGGCCGGGAGAGGAGAGAGCUUGAACGGAGAAGGGAGAGGGCUGGAGAAGCAGCAGCAGCAGCAGGCGGGAGAUCACUCAUCGUCUCGCCGCCGCCGCGUGGGCUGCUCAUUACAAGACCGGGCAGGUGUAAAGAAUCACUGAAGUGAGCCAGAGCAGCUGAAACACCCAGAGACCUCGAACCUCAAGCGAGGAGGAGCCAGCCGCUGACCAAGGAGGUGCACGAGGCGAUCCGGAGUGAGGGAGAGGUGGCCCAGGGGGGUGGGAGGGAGGACGCGUGCGGGGGGGGGGUGACGGAGAGAGAAAAGGAAGAGUGCGGGAUGGGAGGCAAGGACGGCGUGGCGAUGGCUGUGGUGGUGGCGACCACAGUCACGAUGGUGGCAGUGCUUGCUCAGCUGCUACCGACUGCCGCGGGAGGAACUCUGGAGGUGCUCACCGAACGGCUGAGGCGCGACGUGGACUCGAGCGUCGAGACCAGCCUCGAACUCGGGAACGACGACGACGACAACAACAACAACAACGGUGGUGGUGGUGGCACCAGCAGCAGCAGCAGCGGUGGCGGUGGCUCCCAGCCGGUCCACGCGGGAGGGGGGCGUCACCCCCACGUCUACAACCACGUGUACACCAUCAACAUGCCGCCCAGCGCGCUCUGCGGAGCAGCGCCCCAGGAUGGAGACGCCGCUGCCGACGGAGACAGCGCAGGUGCCGGGUCGGCGCCGAUCGACGCGGGAGGUGCAGCGGGCUCGGCGAUGUUCAUGGAGCAGACGGAGGACUCGGACAGCCAGAUCGUGUUCACGCACCGCAUCAGCAUCCCGCGCAAGGCGUGCGGCUGCCGCGGUGACCACGCCGUCGACCACGACGGCGACUCGCCGCUGCUGCGCCAGCUGCUGAGCCGUAUCGAGCUGCUCGAGCACCAGGUGUCCGCGCUGCGCCAGCAGUGCACCGCCAACGGCAACAGCAACGGCUACGGCUGCUGCGGGGGCGGUGCAGGCGGUGCCGGAGCCUCGGCGGCCGCCGCAGGCAACGUGGACUACCUUCCUCCGUGCAGCGGCCACGGCAACUUCAGCCUGGAGACGUGCGGCUGCUCGUGCGACGACGGCUGGGGCGGCGCCAACUGCUCCGAGCCGCUGUGCCUCCCGGCCUCCUGCGGCGACCGCGGCCGCUGCGUGGACGGCGAGUGCCUCUGCCCCGACGGCCACGAGGGCGACGCGUGCCGGCUCGCCGGCGCCCGCUGCCCCGACGACUGCGGCGACCAGGGCCGCUGCGUGGACGGCGAGUGCCGCUGCUUCGAGGGCUUCGAGGGCGACGCGUGCCAGAACUCCGCGUGCCCCGACGGCUGCAACGACCAGGGCCGCUGCGUCGGAGGGGAGUGCCGCUGCUACGAGGGCUUCUCGGGCGAGCGGUGCGACGUGGCCGACGGCCGGGAGGAGCCGGAGGAGCCGGAGGAAGAGGAGAGGGAGAAGCGGAAGAAGGAUGAGGAAAAAGAGGAGGAAGAAGAGGAGGUCGUGGUGCGGGAGACGGAUAGGCAGAUCUUGGGAAGCGUGCUGUGCACCAGAAAUUGCAGCGGCCUGGGCGCGUGCGUCGGCGGCGCGUGCGUCUGCAACGAGGGCAUCCUGGGGGAGGACUGCUCCGAAGUGCCCCCGCCGCGGAACGUGACGGUGACGGGCGUGACGGACCGCACGGUGGACCUGGCGUGGGCCCACGACCUCGUGGUGACCGAGUACGUGCUGCGCUACUCGCCCGUCGCCCCCGGCGGCCUCGUGCUGGAGGUUCGCGCGACGGGCGACAGCAGCAACGCGACGCUGCGCGAGCUGGAGCCCGGCGUCGAGUACCUGGUGACCGUGCAGGCGGUGCUCAACGGCCUCCUCAGCGUGCCCGUGUCGGCACGCGUGCACACGCAUCUGUCGAAGCCCGAGGGGCUGAGGUUCAAGUCCAUUGACGAGACGGAGGUGGAGGUCGUGUGGGAGCCCUUCUCCGUCGCGCUUGACGGCUGGCAGAUUACGUUCCACCACGGGGCGGCGGACGUGGUGACGGACCUGCACGGUGGCGCGACGUCGCACUUGCAGAGCGGCCUGCUGCCCGGCGAGGAGUACGAGGUGCGGCUGGUGGCCGUGCUGGAUGGCGCGCACGGUCCUCCCGCCGUCGCCACCCUCGCCACGCCGAUCGACGGCCCUCGCGCCUUCGAGGUGCGCGAGGUGACCGACUCGUACGCGCACCUGUCGUGGGAGCGGAGCCGCGCGCGCGUCACCAGCCUGCGCCUCUCGUACCGCACGACGGGCGACGCGCGACCCACCGAACUGGGCCUGCGGCCCACGGCCACCGAGUACACGCUGCAGGGCCUGCGGCCCGGCCGCCUCUACCACGCGAUGCUGCGUGCGGAGCGUGGCCUCGCGCAUAGCGGCGCCUUGCACGCCAGCUUCACCACAGCGCUGGACGCGCCGCGGAACCUGAGGGCGAGCCACCAGGGCGAGAGCGGCGGCGGCCUGCUGCUCGAGUGGGAGAACAGCCGGGCCCAGGUGGACGGCUACCGCGUCGUGUUCGCCCCCAUCGCCGGCGGCCCCCACGGAAGCGUCAACGUCACCCACCAGGGGCCCGACCUCACCUCCGCCGUCACCAUCACCGAUCUGAUGCCCGGGACAGAGUACGGCGUCGGGGUGACUGCAUACAGGGGCGACAUUCAGAGCAAACCCUCGACCAUCAACACCCGCACAGAGAUGGACAGCCCGCUGAACCUGCACGUGAUGAACGCGUGGGACACGGGCCUCACCGUGCGCUGGGACCCGUGCCGGGCGCGCGUCGACCGCUACGCCAUCAUGCACAUCUCGGGCACGGGCGCCAUCGGCGAGCUGGCCGUGCCGGGCUCCGAAACGUCGGCCAACCUGACGGGCCUCCGCCCGGCGACCGAGUACACCGUGGUGCUGCAGGCCGAGAGCGGCCUCGAGAAGAGCCGGCCCGCGACGCUGUCGGCGAACACAGGCUUCCGCCCCGUGCAGACGCUGCACUUUUCCGACGUGAGCUCUAGCGGCUUCCGCGUUGCCUGGGAACCGCCCGCCGUGCCGGUCGACGCCUUCGUGCUGCGGGUGUCGGAGGCGGCGCGGGGCCCCGGGGAGGGCCCCGGGGAGGGCCCGCGGGUGGUCACCAUCGACGGCGGGCAGAGCGACGCGCUCGUCUCGGGCCUGCUGCCCGAGCGGCGCUACGACGUGUCGCUGGUGGCCGUGAAGGGAAUGAGCACGGGAGAGGCCGUGCUGGGAGACGUGGCCACAGUUUCGGACGCGCUGCAGGGGACAUUGCAGGCAUAUGACGUGACGUCUGACAGCCUUAAGAUAACGUGGCCAGCCCAGGAACCGAGGCCCGACAAUUACCACAUCAAGUACCGGCCCAUCGGGAGAACUGCCGGCGCCGCCGGUGGCGGUGCCGGCGGCAGAGGAGGAGGAAGAGGACCCUCCAAGGACAUCCCCGGCAAGUCGUGGAGCCUCCUGGCGCCGGCCUCGGCGACCCGUGCCAAGCUGACGGGCCUGCAGCCCGGCACGCGAUACGAAAUAGCGUUGCACGGCGUGCGCGGCUCACAGCUCACGAAGCCCCUCGAGGUUGUGGCUCGGACUUCAGCUCUGAACCCGCCGAUGAAGCUCUCCUUCUCGAAUGUGACCCAGACGAGCGUCACGGUGAGGUGGGCUGCCAGGGAGCCCACCCCCAGCUCCUACCAGCUGUCCUACGAGCUCGCGGGCGGAGAUGGGGAUCGUGAGAUGGUGUCGCUGGCGGGCGGCGUGACGGAGUACACGCUGCAGGACCUCACACCGGGCACGGAGUACACGGUGGGGCUCGCCUACCUCCCCGACCCCGACAACAACGACGCCUCCACGGGGAGCGUCACCACCGUGCUGGACAGCCCCGUGGCGCUGCUCGCCGUGAACGUGGAGGCUUCUGAGGCGCUGCUGGUGUGGCGUCCGGGCCGGGCGCCCAUCGACUCCUACAUCGUCACGUACUCCACGAGCGGCCACCCGGGCGGAGAGGAGGAGGUGGAAACUCUCAACGUUCCUGCCCCCGCCCUCGAGCAGCAGCUGACGGGGCUGCGUCCGGCGAGCACGUACCACGCGACGGUUCGCACCGUCAAGGGGGCCCUGGAAAGCCCGCCCAGGGCCACCACCUUCACCACGGCCUCGGGCUCCCCGCUGGCGGUGACCUUUGGCUUCGUGACGGAGAGCACGGUGGAGGUGAAGUGGCUGAGCCCGACCCCCGCGCCCGACUGGUUCAUCGUCUCCUACGUGCCCACCAACGGGGGCGAGGUGGAGAGCGUGACGGUGGCGGGCGCGCUGGUGAGCCACACGCUCACCGGGCUCUCCCCGGGCACCGAGUACGAGGUGAGCGUCGCGUCGCUGAGCGGCGCCGUCGAGAGCGAGCCCAUCUCCUCCUCCGUCACCACCGCGAUCGACGCUCCGCGCGACCUGGCGGCCGUGGAGGUGGCCGGGCAGAGCGCGCUGCUCACGUGGCGCCCGUCGCUCGCUAACAUCACGGGAUACACGCUGAGGGUGCAGGGCCCCGACGGCGACACCACGGAGCUGCAGGUGGACGCGGGGGCCUCGUCGCGGCAUCUCGACGGCCUGACGAGGAGCACGCCCUACAGCGCUAGCCUGUACGCUCUGCGCGGGGACGAGCGAAGCGCCGCCGCCCUCGCCGACUUCACCACCGACGGGCGUCUGAUCCAGAACCCCCAGGACUGCGCGGAGCAGUCGCUCAAUGGCGAGACGGAGAGCCGUGUGUACACGGUGUACGUGCGCAACAACGAGUCGCAGCCGCUGCUCGUCUUCUGUGACAUGAGCACGGACGGGGGCGGCUGGAUUGUGUUCCAGCGGCGGCAGAACGGACACACCGAGUUCUUCCGCGAUUGGAAGUCGUACGCGCGGGGAUUCGGCGACCUCCGUGAUGAGUUCUGGCUCGGUCUGGACAACCUCCACCGGCUGACGCAGCAGGGCCGCUACGAACUGCGCGUGGACCUGCACGACGGCCCCGAGGAGGCCUUCGCCCUCUACGACCGCUUCGCCGUGGCCGACGCCGCCGCGCUGUACCGCCUGCGGAUCGGGGCCUACAACGGCACGGCCGGCGACUCGCUGUCCUACCACCAGGGCCGGCCGUUCUCGGCGCCGGACCGCGAUAACGACGUGGCGGUCACGAACUGCGCCAUCUCCUACAAGGGCGCGUGGUGGUACAAGAACUGCCACCGCGUCAACCUCAACGGGAAGUAUGGUGAGGCCAGCCACAGCCAGGGCAUCAACUGGUACCACUGGAAGGGCCACGAGCACUCCAUCCCCUUCGUCGAGAUGAAGAUGCGGCCACACGGAUACGUGCACCCGCCCGGGGAGCAGCGCUAAGCGCUCCCUCCUUCCUUCCCAUCCCGACCCCCCCAGCGGAGCCCCCUCCCCUCCCCACCCCUCCCCACUCCCCUCCCACCCCCCUCCUCCCACUCACCCCACACUGGCCAGAGCACGAACCCAUUCACCCAAAGGCAGGUGCACACCUGAGCGAUCGUUUUUAUUUUUUAUUUUUGUUUAGCCAUGGUGAGCAUUCGGGAGACCAGGCUAGAGUCUCAUUCGCCGAGAGUGACCUGGGGCAUCAGUCUGCCAGUCGGGUUGUGCGGCGACUGCCGCCGUGUGUCAUCCCAAUUGAGCAGCGUGCGGUGUCAUUUUCCGAUUGAGGCAAAUUUGUACCCUGACGCCGGCACUCGCGAUGGCCUUGCUCUUUAACGUCCCACUGUGAGCGAAGCGAGACGGCGGCGUUGCAAUCGUUACGGUCGGCGCGCACCGCCGCAGCGUUAACCAGGGCGGCCCGCCGGAUUCGAACCGCGAACCUCCACGACGAACCGGCCGCACGCCCGCCCGCCUGCCCGCGUCACCGCUACCAAAGUCGCGCAACUUGCGCGUCUCUGCGACCAGUUGCGAACAGUUGCACGCAACCGGGUUUCCUCGCAGUCAUGACGGACUGGGUUUCUGCUCGGCGAACAGGGCAGCGAGAGAGAGCGAGCGAGCGAGAGAGAGGGAGCGUACGGGGCGAACGAUGCAAACGGAGACGGUGAAUAGACGCAACGAAAACUGUCGAACGCGUUGCAUGGGGAUUGUGACGAUCCGUAAGUAAUUGUGACUUGUGGAAGGGAUGCACGGCCUAGGGUUUAUUUGUAACUGCUCCCAUAUUUAAGUGGCAUGCUGUGAUUACAACUUCGUGGGGUUUUUUUUAUUUGCGAAUGUUACAUGGUUGGGAUACUCUAUUAUUCAUCAGAUAGUUUAACGGUUUAUUCAGUAAAUGAGUGGUCAUGCAUCUUUCACGACAGGUUUAGAAACACUUAGUCUAUGGCAUUAUACAAAUCCCAUGUUGUCUGUGAGUGUGUGUAUAUAUAAUAUACAGUCACAGAGCACUGCUGCCACUCGCCUAUAGAUUAAAAAAAUAAAAUCCACUCUCCAUUGUCAUUUGAAUUCGAAACCAAAACAGGUUCCCAGUAUGUCUCUUGAGCCAAUGGUACCAAUAACCCCUUAUCGGUACUACCUAGGCUGGUAAAUGCUAACAGUGAUUUAUUUGCAGCGUGCGAUCUCUAGAUCACAAAUAUGUAUGAUAGCAAGGUCGACGUGGUAGCUUUUUUUCAAACGUGUUGUUAGCAAACGGUACCGUAGUACGUUUGAGAACCCCCCAAAAAACGAAUGUGAUGGUAAUCAUCCACGGAAGAUGAAAAUAAACAGGAAAUGCAUCUGCAAACGAGACGGGAUCACGGUGGACACUGCCCAUGGUGGACACUGCCCAUGGUGGACACUGGUAGUGUUUGUCACCCCAGGUGGUACCGACCAACCCCCAUUGGCUCGUGGUCUAACGUCGCAGCCUCUGCGAAUGAGUUCGCCUUGGAGGUGGGCCGCACGAUGCACGGUGUCACGUUGCCGAUAUCGCCACGCGCGCUCGUCACUUCGCUUCGUCACACGUGGUGAAAGAGGAUUCUCAACUUCGAUACGGCGCAAGAACUUAUUAGAAGUGACGACACCGAUGAUGAUGACGAUGAUGAUGGCGAUGAUGAUGACGCCGUCGGCAUCGUGCACGACAAUGUCCACUCGGAGACUCGCGGUAACUUGUCCCGCACCAAAGAUGGGCGAGUGGUCAUCGUUAAGUUAAAACCUGCACGCGUUGAUUGUCCUGGAAAGUGGAUUUGUUGGUUAGCGGUAAGGCGCAUCGUUAGUUUAUGGUGGAGGUGUAUCUGUGAAGACUUUGUGUGUGCCACAGCAAGCACGUGUGUGUGUGUGUGUAGCUUUUGCACGCGGUCGCUACUUAAAGCUUGGUUAGAGCCGGUGUUUGGUUUUUUGAGCGAGGCGUCUGAAUCAGUCUUCGGGUUAUUCCGUUACCGAAUGUCGGCUGUAGAGCGGGGCGUUAUUUGUUUAGAGGGCCCGCCGAUGCGCAGCAGAUACCUCGUUGCGACGGGUUGGUCAACAAGGCGGCUUGACGUGACCUGGGUUUCGCCUGAUUUUUUUCUCCCAGAACUCAAGUUGGAGGGCAAAGUAAACCGCUGCCCUAUGAACAGCAUAAGAGGAAAGCUGCCCUCAGACUACGUGAAAUAGCUGUGGACAUCAUCAAAGAAGCAGGAACCAGUAGGGGGAACAACAUUUUAAGGACUUGUUUGUAAAAUAUUUACACAAGAAACAAAAGCAGGGAUUCUUUGAUUUUUCAAGUUACUCAAGUUCCUUGCGAGUCAAAUAUCAAGACCUUGUUACUGAUUAAUAUGAAAUCUAUUCGUCCCUGCCUGGAUUCUGACAGAAGAAAUUCAGGCUAACCCGCGAAUUUAAAUGUCCCAUGAUAUUUUGGGAUAUCGUCCAACAUUCAAACUCGAGUUGACAAAUUCUAGAGACACAUGCCGCUGAGACGGAAACUUGAGCUUCAAACUCGUGUUAUGUUGUUCAUGGAAACUAGGCACUGGGUUAGAUUCCCCUUUUUCUGCCCGUGAUAUAGUCAGGGCCAGGCCGAGAUUGAUUUGUACCUACCGCCAGCCCAAUAUUUUAAUAUCUUAAUGAUGCAGACUCGUCAAGUCUCGUCAAGUUUCCCAAUGAGCUCGAAUGAGCGUUCAGCCGCGGGCAUCUGCUGUUGUCGUCAGUGCCGAGACAUUUGUGGAAAUUCCAUAUUGCUAUGGCAGGGCCUUAUUCUCUCCCUAAUUAUAAACAACCACUGUUGACUACCAGACGAUAAAUCGUUGAGAGGAUGGGCAGCUUUCCUCUGUCCUCACAUCCGAGGGGAUAUCUUUACCCCAGGUCUCCAAAAACCUUUCUGCUUCCCUGCCCAAAGAGAAGAUGGUCCGAGUUUGACACAGACAAAGAUUACAAUUUGAAUCCCUAAGUCCUGGCGACAUUGCUAAUGUCACAUGGAGUAUUCUCUGGGCCAGAGACAGUUUGGGAAAAACUUUUUCUUUGUGAUGUGCAUCAGCUACAUCUCUGCCCUUUGAACUGAUUCCUGCUUUGACUCGUCUGCGUGAACAAUUAAAAGUCUUAAGCCUGUUAUAAUCUAGUAACACGGCACAAAACGAAACUCACAGUGACGUGAGUUUCGUUUUUUUCCCCUCAAUCCCAGUUUGGACGAUUUAAUUUUGACCGUCAUCAGUGGGGACUGUGCUUCAUGUGUGCCGGGCCCAUGUAUGAAAUGUAUAUACCGUACUCGAUAGAUUCUAUCAAUGCUCCUGCAUCCUCACGAAUACAGCUACGAGGAUCUUUCUGUUACUUUUUUAUUAUUACUAGACUUAACUUUUUUUUUUUAGUGCUUAGAGUUUAUCACAGUUACACGUGUAUGCAGUAGAGUAGAAACCCCAGGGCAUUUUUGGUCAUAGCGUAUUAUAUUUAGACCAUGUAACCCAGGUGUUGCUAUGGCAAAUGUGGUUGUCGGCCCUCGGAGGGAGUGCAGCAGGGGUGAGGGGAGCUCAGUGGAGGCUUGGGUCUGCGUCCCGGAACGUCUAAUUUUAUUUCACGACUCGCCUGGGCAGUAAUAACUCGCGCAAAUGGUCGUGAUUUCCCCUUUCUUUUUUACCAUAACAGCCUCACAGCAAUGGGACUGGUGUAAUUCACUCGCUCCGCGUAUGUGUGUGUGUGUGUUUCGAUGUCUCUAAGUCAAAGUUUAAACAACAACAACAUCUCUGCUCUGACGUACAAUGGAUGCUUCCCUUUGAGCCAGUGGUGACAAUUACACAUUCCCAUGGACGGUGCAAGUCCAUCCGUAACAAGAACCGACUUUCACUUCUCUAUGCUUUGCAAUUUCACCGGAGGUUGUGAUGGGCUCAGUUGGAUAAUACAUGGGAUGUUUGUGUUGUCGAGUUAAACAGAAAUGCCUCCCAGUGCCCCCCCCAAACUCCCUCCUGCCCCCCAUCCUCGCCCCCCACGACCCUGCCGACAGGACAAUUCGCCAAAUGACGACGCGUCUCUGUGAAAUGCUGCCGCGUUUUCCCCCCCGAGUCGUUUGGUGUCAACGGUGAACCUUGUGACGAAAUAAAACGGAUGAACGUAC